AUCACUGAGUAAGCAGUAGAUCUAGACCCCGGGUUGAUAAUAUAACUUGCCUGUUACUGCAUUCCCGGUCUGCGAUUACACUUGGUCGCAGAUUGGUGUUGUGUUUUGGCGUGUCAAGUUUUUGGCGCCGUUGCCGGGGACCCUCUAGGUUAUUGGGGAAACGUGAGAAUUUGUUACUCUAGCUUUUAUUUUCUGCUUUUUAUUUCUUCCACCUGUGUGCCUUCACGGGUUGUUUCUGCUGAUUGUGUGCAGGUAGUGCAUGACCCGUAGCCAGUCGGGAGAUCUACUACCACUAGACCAGGAGCUUGAACGAACCUGCAGAAACUUCAAGCGGGCUCUAAAGGCGCGACUGGCUAAGGAGGAGGCGCUAUCACAGCUGCAGUUAGAGGAGGAAGAAGAAGAGAUGGCUGAACCAGGGAACCAUGCUGUGAUCCCCGAGGAGCAGACCAUGGGCUCCUACUGGACCGCUAGGGCUGCGGACAUGAGGUCACCCAUUCAGCACCCUCAGGUCCCAGCCAACAACUUUGAGGUGAGCACCUCCGUGAUCACCAUGCUGCGCGGUUCAGUAGUGUUCCGUGGUAAGGAGGGAGAGUGCCCUCGAUCACAUCUCAGGCGAUUCCACGAGCUCAUCGAUGGAAUCAAGAUCAAUGGGGUACCAGCAGAUGCCAUCCAGCUGAGGUACUUCCCAUUCACUCUGGAGGGGCAGGCCAAGGAGUGGCUAGACACUCGAUCUCCGGGCUCCAUCACCACGUUCGCCAACCUGGCGGACAAGUUCCUCACCCGCUACCAUCCUCCAUCCAAGACAGCUGACCUGCAGAAGCAAAUUACACAUUUUGUUCAGGAUGAGGAUGAGACCAUCAGGGAUGCAUGGGAGAGGUACAACAGUCUUUUCCUCAGGUGUCCCAAUCAUGGUUUCAACGAUGCGUUCAAGGUGGGCACCUUCUAUCACGCCCUCUUCCCGGAGGACAAGCAGCUGAUCGAUUCGGUUUGUGGCGGGAACAUGCUGACCAAAACCCCGCCACAGCUGAAUCAACUCUUUGAAGAGAUGGCGGAGAAUGGUUAUGAUUGGGGCACUGCCAGGAGAUCGAGGAGAGCACCAGGCCGGGGUGUGCAUGCUGUGGGCACCCAGUCAUCCGAUUUGGUGCAGGUAGUAUCGAAGCUGGUCUCAGCUAUCGAUCGUUCCGGGAUGAUUCCAGGGACCGGACAGCAGCAGGCGAUGCUCUGCCAGUGGUGCGAGAGCACCCAUCAUAUGGUGGAAGACUGCCAGGCGAUGAAGGAAUCGACCACGCCCCAGGAGCAGGUGAACUUCAUCAACAAUGUCAGGCGCAAUGACCCCUACAGCAACACGUACAAUGAGGGGUGGCGCCAGCAUCCUAACUUCUCCUGGACUGGGCCAAAUCCCAGACCACCAGCUCCACAGGGACCACCGGGCUUCCAGAGGCCACCAUAUCAGCCCAGACAGGGGCAAUUCCAGCAGCCAGGUGCAGCCCCUGCUGCCCCAGUGCAGAAUGAUCAGAUGGCUGAACUGCGGGACUUGGUGGGUUCUCUUGCCAGUGUUAGUGCUCAGAAAUUCAACACCUUUGAGCAGUUCAUGGAGAAGGCCUCGGGUCAACUCCUGGCUCUGGAAGCUGGUCAGAGGAAUACACGGGCUGUUUUGCAGGAUAUCCAGACCCAGCUGGGGAGCGUGGCCCAGGCAGUGGCUCAAAGGGCUCCUGGUACUCUACCAGGGCAGACCAUCCCUCACCCGCCGACCCCGAAUGAGCGCUGCAAUGCCAUCAUGACCAGGAGUGGCAAGAUGACUGUUGAUCCCCCUGCUCGGGAACCGGAGAAAGAAAGCCCUGUCUUAGCGGCUCCAGCGGUUGAACAGGAAGUAGAGAAGGAAGUUGAGGUGCCUGCACCUAAACCGCAACCAGUAGUGAAGGAGUAUGUCCCUAAACUCCCUUUCCCUACUCGGUUGCACAAAGACAGGCUGGAGGCAGAGUUCGAGAACUUCAUGGCCAUGCUUAAGAAGCUGAAUGUCCAAGUGCCCUUCCUGGAGGCACUAUCGCAAAUGCCAAAGUAUGCGAAGUUUCUGAAAGAGCUUCUCUCAAAGAAGCAGAAGCUGAGUGAGCUGGCCACGGUAGAGCUCAGCGAGGAAUGCUCGGCUAUUCUGCAAAACAAGCUUCCGCAGAAGAAGAAGGACCCAGGUAGUUUUACUAUCCCGUGCUCUAUUGAUAAAUUGCAUGUAGAGAAGUCCUUGGCGGAUUUAGGUGCUAGUAUCAAUGUUAUUCCAUAUAAAUUGUUCAUGAAACUAGGCCUAGGUGAACCCCGUGCUACUAGGAUGACCCUUCAAUUAGCUGACAGAUCUGUAGUGCAUCCUAGGGGUAUAGUGGAAGACCUUCUGGUUAAGGUUGGCAAAUUCACAUAUCCCGUGGAUUUUGUCAUCUUGGACAUCAGUGAGGACACAGAAGUGCCUCUUAUACUGGGAAGGCCUUUCCUGGCCACCGCCAAGGCUCUCAUAGAUGUGCAUGAUGGGACCUUAGUUUUGAGGGAUGGCGAGGAGCGAAUAACGUUUUCUGUUGCUGAUAAUAUACCUGCUUCGUUACCUCUGCAUGCUGUAUCUCACCAGGAGCACGAGUCUGUCGUGUAUCCUUCUGUGCUGCCUAUUUUGCAGGAACCGCCUCCCACACCUUCGCCGCCACUCCGGACCACUCCGUCACCCAAAGAACAGAUCAAGGAGGAGUGGCGGCCGAAACUGCAGGCAGCUAAGCCUGCUCGAAAGGAAGCCGGAGACCACUAUGAGCUGGUCCCGCCCCCUCCUUGGCCAUCCGAGUAUUCACUCGCUUGCAUCCUACCGGAUGGCCAAGUUGAGCUGGCGAAUGCAGGUGGCCACAUUCGUCGCGUGCAUGGCCACCAUUUGAAGCUGUACCUCAAGAGCGAUGUGGAUCCGCUCUUGAAGGCACCUGAUCCUACACUUCCCUGAGCAUCCAUACUGGCGUCCAGCUAAAAGACGGUAAAGAAGCGCUUGUGGGGAGGCAACCCCACCGAGGUUUGCAUUUUCUUACUCUUUUUCCUUUGAUUUUGUGUGUUUUUGAGUCUUGAGACGUUGAUCCAGA